AACACAAUAAUAUUGCUGCCGACUGCCGACUUGCCGAUGAUACACGCAUCCUACUUCAGAGCAUGCUUUUAGAGCUUCAGCUGUUCUGUCACUUGUGUCAAGUCUAACCUAAAAAAUUUAUACAUCAAAGAAAUUAAUAAAUAUAGAAAUAGAUAAUAUCGACAAUAAACUUAGCGCAAUUGUGUAUUUAUUCCAAGUUAUAUCGAGUCGAAUGGUCUAGUAUAGAAACGAUAGUAACUAUAGAAAAUUUGUCUGGUGUUCUUGAGGAAUGGAUUAUGCUGUGGUUGUCGAAAAUGCAGUGAAUAGAUUUUUUGCUGCUGGGGAAAAUGAAGCCCACUUAUGGCUUCUGCAGGUCCAAGCCUCGCCAGAAGCUUGGUCUUUUGUUUGGCACCUUCUGGUACCAACGAAGCCAAAAGAAGUCCAAUUUUUUGCAGCUAAUACGUUGCAUUCUAAAAUAUCGAGACAGUGGGAAGAAGUGCCAAGUAAUGAAUACUUGGCAUUGCAACACCGUUUACUUACUGUUAUGAAGGAAACAAGUGCAUCGAAAUUAGUCUUAUCAAAACUAUGUCAGGCAUUGGCAGCUUUUCUAAUUAAUACGAGUGCAAACAAAGAGGAGGACCGGGACAAAGGAUUGGUGGGAGAUUUAAUUGAAAUUUUACCACCAGAUUCGCCAGCAACGACAGAACUUCUUCUUAGGGUUCUAAGUUUUUUACCAAAAGAGUUUGAAAGGAGGCAUGAAGCAAAAAGAAUAAAAUUACGGGACGGAUUAGUUAAUAGCUGGAGCAAGACAACCUGGAUUUUGCAGCAAGUUUUUACAACAUUCGACCAGCAGAAUGCUUCCGGGGAUAAUUGCAAUCUGUAUCUUUUGGGACUCGAAUGUACACUUUCAUGGCUCAAACUCGGCCAAUUGCCGCUUGAAACCACAGCACAAAUUUAUCCUCACAUGUUGGCAGCUGCGGCCCGAUACCUUCCAAACAGGGAUGAUUUAGCAGAGGAGGAAGUCAGGGGCUGGGAAGUGAUCCAAGAAUGUUUGUCGAUGAUACUGACUCAUACCGAACUUCACAAAAGGCCUCAAUUACUUUGGGAUUGGGCCAGAAGUAUCAUUCUCAUGGCUCAUGAGCACGGUGGUACCUAUUAUUAUGAAACCCUAACAACAUUCGGAGAAGCUCACAGUCGUGCUGUACUUUUAGCAUUAGCAAAUGAUUCCAAUCAAGUUCAGAAAUGGACUGCCGAGCAAAUAGUUGAGAUUCUUUUACAGUGUUCUGAACAACCCGGACGAUAUCCUUGCGACGAAAAACGCAGUUGCAUACCCUUCGGCUUCUGGUACACCUUGCAAGACGAUCUCAGUACGCUCGACCAACCUAUGGAGAAUAAAGCCAAGUUGGCUCUACAACCUAUUUACGCUCGUUUAGCGCAAGCUUUAUUACGCAAAGCUACUUUACCGAUGACAUCGGACGAGGCUGGUGAUGCCGAUGAUCGUGAACUUCACAGAUGUUACAGACAGGAUGUUGCCGACACGCUCGUUUAUUGCUACAACGUUCUCGGCCCAGAGUUGCUCCUGCUCCUCGGACAAAGACUGAGCCAGCCACCUGAAGAGAUAGAAAACUGGACAUAUGUCGAGUCAAGUCUGCAUGCCUUCAAUGCUCUAUCCGAUUGCAUCGGGACCCAAGAAUCCCACUACGUUCCAGCACUCAUGAACAUCAUUUUCACCUAUAUUCCUUACGAGAACUAUCCUGGAGAUGUCUUGGCGUGUGCUUGUCUGACGAUAGGCGCAUAUGCUGAAUGGCUAGGAGAGCAUCCGACACCUUGGCUAGAGAGAUCCUUAAAAUUGAUCUCACUGGGUUUGACCCAGAGUUCAGUGACAGCACCAGCGGCUAGUAUGGCUCUCAAAGAUAUAUCGCGAGAAUGUGGUCCUCAUCUUGCUCCAUUAGCGCCAUCUAUUCUGGACACGAUUGGACAUACUCUACCGAAAAUUGCUCCCGUCGGAAUUGAGGGAUUGCGACUCAUGUAUGCUGCUGGGAAGUUGUUGAAUUCAUUGCCUACAACCGAGCAACAAAUUUCCUAUUUGGACGCUACUUUAGGACUCUGCAUCACGAGACUGCGAGAGCUUUUACAACACUCGGUAGCCACUGCCCGAGUUGCGGUUUCUAAUCAAUUGAAGAUGGUUACGAUGUUCUUCUCGACUCUGGACGGAUCGAUUGGAAAGACUGUGCUUGAAGGACUUUUGCCCCUCUUUCGACAAAUUGUUGGUCAUCCCGAGUGGAGUCGUGAUGAUAUCACAUUGGAGGCUAUGCACUCGUGUGCUCAGAAAUCGCUGUCGUCGUUGCUACAUCCUGAAGAAGAUGCGAGACCGUUGCUCGAGAUUUUAAAUAUGUCGUAUAAAAUCAAACCGCAUCCGGCUGCUCUCAAUCUUCUCCGGCAGUUGGUGCUGCUCUUUGGACGAGAUUCGAAUAAUACUGUGGGGCCAAUCUUUGCCGAAUUGAGCAGUAUUACUUUAGCGGGAGUUUCCGCCUGUCGAUCACUUGGUGGAAAUUUGUCGGAUUUGACGGAUUUACUCGAGGCUUAUCUCGGAUUGUUGGCGCAAAUUUGUAAAAAGAAUGCGACUUUACUGCUGCAGAUUCCAGAUCAGGUUCCGGAAAUGUUGAAAUGUGGUGUCGCUUGUUUACUUAUACCAGAAACGGGAACGACGAAGGCUGCUGGAAGUUUUCUAACCCAUGCCAUCAUGCAAAGCCCACACUUGCAAACAUUCAUACAACCUGUUGGACAAGAACUUGUAUGCGUCUUAAUGCAAUGCAUUGCUGGCACUGUACCAAGAAAUAAUUUAGAAACUCACGCCGAAGUUUUACUAGCGUUAAAUAAAAUGUGCUCGGAAUGGACUGCGCAGUGGCUUCGAAAUGCUUUAACCGACGAAGCCACACCACAUGUCCCCAAAAUUUUAAAAGAAAAUUUAAUUCGAAACGUUUUACGUGAAAGGACCAGUAAACGAAGACUUUGCGAAACAUUGAAAGAGUUUAGCUUACAAUGUCUUCAGCAUAAUUCCGUAGGUUUAUAGAGGAUACAACGAUUUUUUUAGGAUCAAUUUAUAUAUCGAAAAGCUUAGAUUCCAUAAUUCUUCUUUAGUUAUUUGGCAGUAAAAAAUAUUUUAUUAUCAUUUCUACUUUCACCAGCUGAGAUUGAAACUGAAUGAUAAUUUUUUUUUACGAAAAAAUAGUCACUUAGUCAAUUUUGUUUAUACUUUUUUAUUAUCUAGACUAGCGCGGUUUUGAAAGCGUUUCAUGAAAUUGUUAUAUAUUAUUUAAUUAACAAAAUGUACCUAACAUUUAUUUGUUUUAUACAAAAUAAACGUUAUUUCAUAUUUUGUCGCGUGAGACAAAUGUUAGGUAGAAUAUUUUAAAGAUUUUAAAAGUUCAUUCAAAUAUUUGUAAUGAUCUCUAAAGCUGGCUAAUUUUCCAGAUGGAGAGAAUCUUUUCAGUAUUUUCUUUUAUAAUAAAAAAUACGAGGAAAAGAAAAAAAAGCUUCCAUAAUCAUAAAACUGCCGAAAUAAAGUUAUAAAAUAGUUUUAAUACCUAAGACUAGACCUAAAACAAUUUACUCAAUUAAAUGUAAACAAUGAAGCAAUAAUUGUUAUUUUAGGUAUAUAGUAGAUUUAUACUUUCGAAAAAUAAUUUCUGGCCUAAACAGAAAGUAUGAUAAGCGACAAGUAUUUUUUAUGACAACAGAUAUUUGACACUGUGUUGUACAUAUUAUAAAUAGCCAUACAAGUUUUGUAAUUUGAUUUUUAUUUAACUUGAACCAUAUGUAUAUUAAACGCAUAAUAAAAAAACGUGUAAC